CCCUGCAACAAAAGAAAAUGGUAUGUUGCACAGACGUGGGUUGAUCUCGAAAUUGAAUAUCUGGCGGUUUUCUACUGCAAUACGGUGUCGUAUAGACGACGAAGGUGACUGGGCUUACUCGUCGGAGUGGUGGGGCACCGAAUCCGAUGGUCACAGUAUUUUCCGCUCCACUUCUGAGAAAGGCAACGGCGUCGUUUCUGUCCUCGCCUACCCAUCUUCAAGACCCAGUGAAGCUUCUUGGCCUGAAACUGAGAGAUGGCUUGAGCAAAGGUAUGCAGAGGUACGGCCAGGUUAUGAACAGAGAGAAAGAUUUAGGAUACUUGGAUAUCAAUGGCGUGCACUUAGGUUUAACGAGGAUACUCGCCAGAGCGCAGUUAAGGUAAUGGCUGCUUAUAAGGAAUCAGAACCUAGCUCCAUAUGCUUAAUGCAGCAGCCACAUUGCUUGGCUGUUCCAUAUUUGAAGAGUAUGGUAUCAGUUGGUCUUGUUACCUUAGCAUGUUGUAACUAUGAUCUCCACACGGCGGUACAUGGGAAGAGACAAAUGCACAUCUUGUGCAUUGGUCAUGGUGGAGGAAGCUUACCGUUGUUUUUGGCUAGUAAAAUUCGAGGAGCUAUUGUUCACAUAGUUGAAAUUGAUCCACUUGUUAUCUCAGCUUCAAUCCAAGCCAUGGGAUUCCCAGCUUUCUCACUAGUAACCUCAUCUGGUUCACGUGCCUUAUCAAAGCCUGAUAUCAUAGAUGAUGUGGUAUGGAAAGGCAUCCACGAGAGGCUUUACCUGCACGAGUCAGAUGCUGAGAAGUUUGUCCUUGAGAAAAACAACGUGUACGAUAUUGUCUUCAUUGAUGCAUAUGAUGGUGACGACAUCUUUCCCCACAAGCUAUGGGACCCUCAUUCCCCAUUUCUCAAAGCUCUCAGUAAACGGCUACACCCCAAACACGGUACUGUGGUAGUAAACCUUCAUUCCGAUUCUGACGUCACAGACCCUGAUGGAACGAUUUCGUACUUCUAUCAGCAGAUUCCGCUGAUGGGAAAGCAUGUCUCGAAAGUCGGCUAUGCAUAUAGAGAAGUCUUGGUGGGGAACAAGAACAAUGGUUUAGGAUUCGUGGUUUCAGUCCCAUGGGUGUGCAACUCUUCUCUUGUUGUUUGCAAGGGUUUUGGGCUAAGGGGAAGGCAUUGUAACCGGGAGAUGGUUUUGAACAGUCUGAUAUCCAAGUGCAUUGAAGUGGAUCAUGUUCUGAACUUUCCAUUCUCCUGCUUGGACUACAUAAAAAGAGGGUUUACACUCAUUGAUUGAUUCUUCUAAUCUCUGUUCUUUUUACCAUGUACUGGUCUUUUAAAUUAAGUAAAUCCAAUGACUUAAUCUACGAA